UCGUCCUUCCACCAACAGCCUCCUCCUUCUGUGGUUUCUAGUGUUGACAUUCCCCUCUGGAGGUGGUUAUCGGUUAACUUCCGAGACGAUAUUGUCGUUGUGUGUCCGUGUACGUCAGACGUCCGUCUGUCCGUGUGUGUAUGUCAAUGUGCACCGUUUGGUUGGGUCGACGACGCGAGCGAGCCGAGAACCUCUCUUGGCGCUACUGCCCAACCAAGACAACCGAGUCCCGACCAACGCGACUCGCGAAGCAGCAGUUAGUGUCUGGCAGCCAGUGUGCGAGAAGGUUGUGCGAUGCUCUGCUGGUCCGCCCUCUCCCUCCUCCCGCUGCUCCUGGCUCUGCUAGGGGCAGCAGAGGAAACCAGCGCUUAUUUCGCGGACUGGGGCAUGAUAGGGGGACGCCCUCAGGAACCCACGUGCGUUGACAUCCCCCAGAACAUGCCCCUGUGCUCGGGAAUCGACUACACCAAGAUGAGGUUGCCCAACUUACUAGAGCACGACACGCUGAAGGAGGCCCAGCAGCAGGCCGGGUACUGGGUGCCGCUGCUUAAUCUCCGAUGCCACCCCGACACGCAGCUGUUCCUGUGCUCGCUCUUCACACCUGUGUGCUUGGAGAGCCCCAUUUACCCUUGCCGCAGCCUCUGCGAAGCCGUGCGGAGCGGAUGCGAAAGCCGCAUGCAGACCUACAGUUUCCCUUGGCCCGAUAUGCUGAGGUGCGACAAAUUUCCGCUUGACAACGACAUGUGCAUUACCGUCCAGCACACCAAGAUGCCAGGACCAGAAAUAGCGCAAGGUGACUGCGAAGCGUGUACGCCAGUCGAGACCUACGAAAAUAUUUUGGACAACUACUGCCGGGCCGAUGUUGUGGUGAAGACGCGUAUCAAGAGGAUGCAGAGAUCGAAGCUCAUCUGUCGAAAGGCCAAGAUCUACAAGUCGGGAACCUCUGAGGAGGAGCGACGCGCCCUCAAGCGUCCGAAGUUUUCCUUGACCAUGGAGGCUGACUGCUGCGAAAUCUCCCCCUCGAGGGUGAGGUACCUCAUCAUGGGCCGGAAACAUGGGGAUGAACUCAUCCCCACAUUCAUCAUGCCUUUCAAGAAGUCUAAGCCUUUGCGCCAAGCCAUGAAAACCUUCAAGCGAGGUCUCAACUGCUCCGACCCGAACUUGAUCACGAGGAACCUCGAACCGACCGCCCUCAGCCAGGAGCCUCCCCCUCAGCAACCGGAGCCCAAAACCAAGGGCCGACGUAAGAACCGCAAGGGAAGCUCGGGGGGAAGCAAAGGACCUGACAGGGGUGGGAGGAGACGAAAGGCCGAAGGGGGCCGCCGACGGGGAAGGCCCAACGGAGGAAGCCGACGAAAGACCCCGAGUAUUCCCGAAGAGGAAGAAACUAUCCCUAUGGACAUCACUCCAAUCCCAGAAGUGAUCUCACCUGAGGACUCAAGUAUCCUUUUUGAUCCUAGUCAGCCCAGGCCAUUAGACGUACCCUCCGCGGAUCUUCAGGAAGGGCCCCAACCAAGCCUAGCAGGCGGUGGAGGAGGAGGAGGAAGAGGCGGAGAGAGAAGAGGCGAGGAUGGUGAUCGUCAGGCCAAAAAGAGACGUCGAAAGGGCAAUAAAGCAUCUCGAAGGGAUAGGCGGAAAGAAACGGUCACGGAAGAACCCUCCCUCCUUCAGGAGGAAUAAGAUGCGAUUAAUUGUAUUGGGGAGUCGACCAAUUAGAAAAAUAAAGAGUGAAGCAAGAGAGCUUACUGGCCAGUAGCCGAAAUUGUUUUCGUGUGGGGGUAUCAGAUGGAAGUGUAGUGGUUCAAAUGACUUCCUUUUGAAAAUAAGCGUUUACAUUGAUUUUAUGUUAGGGAAUUUCACCUUUCCGAUAAGUGUCCAGUUUUGCACAAGAUCGUGAGAUGGAAUUUGAUCUCUUCGAGUUAUCCAUUGAUUUUAUUUUUUAACUGUAUGUUUCCCUUGUCAGAGAAGUGCUCAUGAAAGUAGUUAAGAAUAAUACAUAUGUAAAUUUUACAAAAAGCCAUAUUCGUGUCAUCCAAAAUAUUUCAAACGAUUGUUGUUUGUUCGUAGUCAGCGGUGUGGACAGGUACUCUCAGUGCUUCGUAUUCCUUGACCUGCAAGUGUGACCUGGUGACAUGAAAUCCGAGACCAGGAUACAGUCGCCAGGUCACGAUUGUUGAGUUCUCAUCCAGAAGAAGUCACAUUGCGACAUUAAAAGGAGUUGAAUUACCCGUCUGUAAUGAUUGUUAUUAAUAGAGUUGUAUGGGUAACCGUAACUACAAUUACAGUACGGUUUCCUUUGCAUGGACGGCUUAGUAUUUGUAGCAUAUAAAAGUCUUUUACUGGCAUGUACAGCAGUUAUUUCGGUGAAAGAUGAGAAAAUGAGUAAUGGUCUCUUGUCGUUCAGAAUUGAUCACCAGGGUGUUCUGGCAGACUGUUUGUCAAUCCUGACUCCAUAACAAUUGAAGCCCCUUACUUUUAUUGCUACUUGAAAUCUUCAUCUUUUUGGAGUUUGUUCCCUUCAGGACGGUCGUUGUUUUGCAAACCAGCAAUAAAUACUGAAAAUGACGACUUGAUGUGAAUCCAGGUGGAUCUUGAAGGAUUCGUUUGCUGCGGUAGUUUACUUUAAUAAUGAUUUUUUUUCUUUUCCAAGAAAAGAUAUUGACUUGUAUAUCGUGAAAUACCACAUAGUUUCUCUCUUCUUCGGUUCGGUUUUUUCAAGGUACGCCUUUGAUGUGUCUCUUGUUUCCACAUCGAUGAGGAAGUCGAUUCAAAUGGUUUUAGACUUACAAGCCAGUGAGAUAAAGAGGUAGUUUUUUUUAAACAUUAUUAAUAGCGAUUUUUUUCGGUUGUUUAUAUGAUGGUUUAUUAUGCUGGCUAUUAGAAUGAUCUUGCCUCAUUUCUCCCUCCCUUGUAUUGACUCUCGGUCCCGUAACUUCCUUUUUUUUCCAAGAAGAGGUCUUCUCUUCCAUCGGGGUUAGGCCUCUGGCCAUAUCUUCCCCCAAUUUUUCCCUCUGGCCUAGUAUGUAGAAGGGCAUAGGGUUGCCCAUGCCAGAGUUCUUAGAAAAUACCAUAAGUCAUUACUCCAGUGACUUACAUCGGAAGCUUCUCAUUUGCUUUCAUUUCUGCAAAAGCUCCUUUCUUCAAACCAUACCCGUGCCACACAUCCUGUAAGUGAAAAAUUAUACUCUUUCCUAGAACAUUUGGAAAACUGGUGUAUUGUUAAGGAUUUGUUUUUUUUUUUUUUUUUCUUUUUUUGCUUUUUUAUGGAAUCUCUUAACUUUUAAUUUCGGUAAGAUUUGUCUGAAUUGUCUCUGCAUUUGACUGCUCCAGACGUCCUUCUUUCAUAACCAGUAUUAAACUCAACAGAAAUUUUGUACGUGAAAUUUAAGAAAAAUAUAUCCCUUAUUUUCAAUAACAUAGUAUAAAAGGAAAAAAAUAAACACUCCCCCCCCUCCCCUCCCCUCCCUCUUUUGACAUUAUAAAAUUAAUCCUUGUAGUAAACUUAUCCAUUGUAUCAUUUUCAUCAUAACCGUGUAUAAUUCUACACAAGAUGUCAUUCAUGUCUUCGCUCUAGAGAAAGUAGGCUUAGUUGUUAAAUAUUAUAUAUAUAGAUUUCUAUUGAUGUGCCAUCAUAGAAUGUAAUGAUUAUUAUUAUCAGUAAUGAUAAAAUCACAAAGUUAAGAUUUAUUUAAUUCUCAAAAUACGUAUUAUUCAUGCCAUUGGUAUUUUUUCUUUCCUUUUUUCAAAGCAGAGUAUCCAAACCCCAGUUUAUUGAUAUUAUUAGUGUUGUCAUUUAGGUGCUAGAACAAGAUUCGUUUAUUUGUUCGUCUGUCCUUCUCUCAGGCUACUCAGUUCUUCUCUUUUGUUUUCCCCUUUGUAUCAGGUCUUCUGCUCUUCCUUAGUCUGCUGUAUUUCAUGACGAUUCUUUUUUUCAUAAAAAGAAAAGAACCCUCGUAUCAGGAACGUCACCAAGUUUAUGGUUACUCGAGAUGACUUUAGCUUACCUGGCGAGAAAAUGGUAACGUUCAUUCUCUCUACAUUUUCAAGAUUUUUGGUUUGAACGCGCUGUGGCACCUUUGUUGAAACCUUGUAGGGAAAUUGAAAGGGCGUCUUCUGAAAGUGCGCGCGCUAAUGGUGUAUAAGAAUAUGAAAUUGUCUUUUGAUACAUCGCUUGAUAAUAAGUGCAUGGAAAGCAAAGUGGCUAGGAAGUCAGCAUUUGUAGGUGCGCAUUGGCCAGUUCGCUUGUUUGGAUUGAAACGCUGAUACCAUGCACAAUUUGAUAAGACCAUCCUCCGUGGACGAUUCAUAGUUUGAGUUUUUCUGAAAUAAAAUCUCCCAGUUGCCUCAUCAGAAUCACUGACCAAGUUAUCUUUGCUCCUAGAGAUUAAUAAUGCCCUCGCGUCUUUGAAAAUGGAUAAUUCACAAAAUAUGGUGCCAUGGCUUCCAUAUAUAUAUAUGAUUUAAUUGAAAAAUUGAGAAAACUGUGUUGCCAGCCACUUUUGUUGCUUGUAGUCAUUGCAAUAAAGUUGCAUUUAUUGUAAAUUACAUCUUUUCUCUCUUAUUUCAAGCUCCGUUCACUUUCACGUUAUUCCUUCUGUGUGUAUAGUACUGUACUGAAAUAUAAUAGAUGUCAGUAAGAAAUUAAGCCUGAAUAAAAAUCCUUUGUACAA